CAUGGUUCAAGUUAAGAGAUAAGAUAGAAGAAAAGUUUAUGAAUACUUAUUAAUGGAAGGUGUUAUUGUAAUUAAGAAGGUAUAUAAUUAAUUAUAUGAUUAUAGGACAUGGCACUCCCAAAGCAUGAAGAAACAGGAGUUAAGAAUCUUGAAGUCUGGAUGUUAUUGAGAAGCUUAAGAGACAAGAAAUUAGUGGAUUUAGUAUUUUCAUGGCAAUAUUACUACUAUUAUCUCAAAGCAGAAGGUGUAAAAUAUGUAAGAGAUAAAUUGGGUAUUUUCUUUAAAUUCUACAUUUUCUUAGGUAUUGUAGAAGAUGUCAUUCCUGCAACAUUCAAAAAGGCUGAUAAGAAAUUUGAAGAUGAUGCUCCUGAAACUAGAUAAAGAGGUCCCAAAGGAGGAAGAUCAUUUGGUAGAGGAAAUAGAGGAGCUCCAAGAAGAAAUGAAGAAACUGAAUAGCCUGCCUAAUGAGU